GCCAGGGCCGAGGUUCAUUUCGGAGGGGAGAAGAGCCGGGGGGAGAGGCUAGCACUACUGCGGAUGCAACGGCCAGCGCCCACUUCUGCUGCAGCCUGCCUGCCUCUGUUCGCUGCCGCCCCCUCCUCCGCCGCCGCCAGCCCCGGCCCCGGCUCUCCCCUUCCACCCCUGGACCUCGGGAAGGCGGUGGGAAGUGAGCCCGCGGGGAGAGUCGUAAGAGGAGAGGAAGGGGAUGGCAGGGGGGGAAGGGCCGGCGGGCGCUGGCCGCCUGCUUGGGGCUCUGUGCCUCUCCGCUGUCGCCUGCUUUCACCUGGCGCACGGGAGGGAAGCCGGAGCAGACUGGACCCUGGAGAAGUAUUCUCACCAACCAAGAAUUUUACAUUCUGAUGAUAUAAAAGAAGUGGCAGCAAACACAGAUGUUUCUGUAAUGUGGGAGGAUGAUUUGCGUCCUAUGCUGAUAGAAAGAUACUCGGGAUCACCAGGGAAUUAUUUUGUACGCCAGCAUAUCAAGCACCGGCUUCAAAGGUUACAGGCGGGUUGGGAAAUUGAAGAAGACACAUUUCAAAGAUACACACCAUAUGGGUAUCAGACCUUUUCAAACAUUAUCAGCACUCUUGAUCCCUCUGCAAAACGGCACCUGGUACUCGCUUGCCACUACGACUCGAAGUUCUUUGGACGAUGGCAGGAGAGAGCAUUUGUAGGAGCGACUGACUCUGCUGUGCCCUGUGCUAUGAUACUGCAGCUGGCACGUGCCCUGGAUAACAAGCUUCAGUUAAUCAAGACCAGCUCAGCAUCAAGACCUGACCUCUCACUUCGGCUCAUUUUUUUUGAUGGUGAAGAAGCUUUUGUCCGGUGGUCCCCUUCGGAUUCCCUCUAUGGGUCUCAACACUUAGCUCAAAAAAUGGUAUCUACACCACAUCCACCUGGAUCAACAACCACAAAUCAGCUGCAGGGCAUAGACCUGCUUGUACUACUGGAUUUAAUUGGUGCACCAAACCCAAUCUUUCCCAAUUAUUUUCCAAACACUAUUCGAUGGUUUCAGAGGCUUCAGGCAAUUGAGCAAGAGCUACACAACAUGAACCUGCUGAAGAAUCACCUCGUGGAAAGGCAGUAUUUCCCAGCUACUUCACAUCAAGGCUUGGUUGAAGAUGACCACAUCCCAUUUUUAUUAAGAGGGGUUCCAGUCUUGCAUCUGAUUCCAUCCCCUUUUCCUGCAGUAUGGCAUACCAUGGAGGACACAGAAGAAAACCUUGACAAAACCACUACUGACAAUCUCAGCAAAAUCCUGCAAGUGUUUGUACUGGAAUAUCUCAACCUGUGAUAGACAAAAUGGCAUCAAAUUGAACUCCCUCCUAAAUACUGUUUGCCCACCCUCACAUCUGCUAUUUAAUUGCGUUGGAGAGCACUAAAGCAAAGCAAAAUAGAAUAA